UGUCGACAUCUGUAGCUGAUGGUUGCGAGGCGCUGAAUGUGACAGUUUCGCCAGGCCCGACCGUGCACUACGCCGAGGGAGACAACGCCACCCUGUAUUGUCACGUGUCCCAAAAGAGACGGACCGACAACUUGCUGGCGGUCCGAUGGGUGUUCUCCCUCUCCCCCACGCAGGAGUAUCUGAUGAUCAAGAGGACUAAAUUUGGGGUAGUCCAGUACUAUGGCAACUACAGCCACCACUUCCACAAGCAAAGACUUCGCCUUUUCGAAGAGAGACAUGGAACAAUGUACAAGUUCCUAAUUCUGCAUCUCCGGCCAACGGAUCAAGGCCAUUAUAUAUGCAAAGUCCAGGAAAUUGGCAGGCAUAGGAAUAAGUGGACUGCAUGGUCAAAUGGCACAGCAGCUACUGAAGUGAAAGUGUUCUCAUCAAAAGCCACGGAAGAGCCCACCUUUGGGAAAACCCACGAGGCGUGGAAGUUUUUUGAAGAUCUAUACGUCUAUGCCGUGUUGGUGUGUUCCGUCGGUAUCAUCAGUGUCCUCCUUUUCACACUGGUCAUCCUCUGCCAGUCGCUGCUGAACAAGAAACGAUCCAGAGUGAAGCAUUAUCUGGUGAAAAGUCCCCAGAACAGCUCUGGCGAGACGGUCACCAGCGUGACGAGUCUGUCCCCGCUGCAGCCCAAAAAAGGAAAGAAAAAGAAAGAGAAGGUUGAGCAGCCCCCGGCGGUGCCGGCCAAAGCUCCAAUUGCCAAUACUGUUCAGAAACCUAAGCUAUUGAAACCGCAACGAAAAAUUACCCUGCCGAAAAUCGCAGAGGAGAGUUUAACGUACGCUGAGCUCGAGCUGAUGAAGCCCCAUCAGAAAGCCAAAGGGGUGCCCACCACGACGGUCUACGCCCAGAUCCUGUUUGAGGAGAACAAGUUGUAAAGGCCAGCGCCGGGCCAAAUGUUCUUUGGCCGGGCUCUAUUUAAUUCUUGCUGUGCUGUCUAUUUAUAAAAGAAAUCCUACAAAUGUCCUUAUUUUUUUACUGCCAUUCAUGCACUUCUAUAUUUUUAUGAGACUUUUUAAAAAACUGUAGUGGAGAGGAAAUGUAGCAAGGAACAUGACAAACAGUUGCCGCAGCAUCCACGUUUGUAGCAUUCAGCAACCCCCUGCGUGCAAUAGAGUGAUGUUCCAUCUAGGUCAUUUGCAAUGUUAUUUCUACUUUGGGGCACAUCUGAGAUCUGAACACAAAAAGAGCCCAGUUCAGCUAGAGACGUCCACAGCAGAGCAAGCUAGAAAGGAUGUGGUGUUUGGAUCCACCUAUGUAAACCUAACUCCCAGGGCGUAAGUUCAUCCGGUUAGGAAUUUUUUGGUGACAUUGAUUAAAAAAAAUCAGAAAAUGUUAAUUUAUCAAAAUC